GAGGAUCGUUUUCUAUUUCCGGUAGAAGGAGCGGAGACGCUUUCUGGGGCGAGAAAUGGGAUCUUCCUCAUCCCCUUCUUCCUCCUUCUCCAAAUGGGAAAGUGACACUCCAAGGAAAGGAGUUUGGGCAGGACGGACCACCUCUGCUUUGUAACGUUUGAGUAAAUCGGCUCCUAAGGCUGUAAAACGGAAUGGGGAGGAGCCAGUGUUCUAAUCUUCGAUUCACGAUUCUUGUUGAGGGUCUCGUCAUUCAAUCGCCCCCAAACCAUGAAAUCUAAGAUUAUUGCAUAGUUUUCUUAUAAUUCAAUUAUUGCAGGUCACUGUGUUCUCCUACUGAUCUUCCCGCUUCCCUCUUUCUUUGUGCCCUCCAGAAUCUGCCUGGAUUUCUGCUGUACUCAAGUUUUAGUAUAAACUGAGUUCAAAAAAGAAACUAUGCAACGAAGGCACAAAGGAUUAAAUACUGGAGUGCUUUUCCUCCUUUCUCAGCUCUAUCAAGUUGGGUUUCACAACAUUCCACCUGUCACACUUGGAACUUUGGCAGUGAACAUUUUCUUUUUUAUACAACCCCUGAAACCUCUGGACAAAGCAUGCAUUAGUGUCAAUGAUUGUCUUUACAAAAAAGAUUGGCAUCGUUUGUAUCUUUCAGCAUUUCACCAUGCAGAUGACUGGCAUCUGUAUUUUAAUAUGGUCUCCUUGCUUUGGAAAGGAAUUAAAUUGGAGAGCAGGCUUGGAACUAUGUGGUUUGGCUAUAUAAUUGCACUGUUUUCACUACUUGUGGGAGCUGUGUACAUAUUUCUGGAAGCUGUACUGGCGGAACUUCUUGGCAAUCCUUCAUAUGAACAUCAUUGUGCUGUUGGCUUUUCUGGAGUGCUAUUUGCUUUGAAAGUUCUUAAUAACUAUUACCAUCCAGGGGGAUCAACCAAUAUUAUGGGCCUGAAUGUAUCCAAUAAAUACUCUUGUUGGUUGGAACUUCUAGCAAUCCAUUUAUUAAACCCACAGAGUUCUUUUGCAGGACAUCUGGCAGGAAUUCUUGUUGGCCUAAUGUACACCAUGGGACCUCUGAAGAUGUUCAUGACAGCAUGUGCAGGUGGCUAUUCAGAACAAAGAAACAACUACAGAACAGAGAAUUUUAGAUACUCAGGUAAUCCAUCCUAUCCACCAAACAACUACGAUAUGUAUACUGGUGGACUCGCUGAGGAAGAACAGUUUGAAAGAGCAGUAAGUAACAGCUUGAGAGAAAGAGGAAGCAAUACAAGGCAUUACAGUAGCGAAAGAAGGCCAUAUGGAUUCUGGCUUUCACCAGAAGAACUAUCAGCUGAGGAACUCAGAAGGCAGAGACUUAAUAGGUUUGAGAGGUGGCAGUAGUCUAAAGUAUGGAUAUAAAGGGCUCUUCAUAGCUGUCAAGACAUGGUGGAUAUUGUUCAUUUAAGCCAUUUCUAUUUCACGAAAUAUGUUUCAUGGAGGCUAUCUGAAGCUAUCUGUGAGUGAGAAAGACACCUGCUUGGCACAUGGACUACCAAAUUUAAAACUGAAAUGCAAAAACUUUCUUCAAAAACUAAACAUCUUAAAUAAUUCACCAUACUAUCUAAAAUUCUAUAGCUACCUUAUAUAUAUUAGUUCUUUUCAAUGAAUUGCUUUUGGUAUCUUAAGAAUUUUGUUAUUCUGUAAACUUUACUAACUUGAAUAAAAGUUUACAGAAUAAAGAUUAGAAUUAAAAAUAGAUUUGGUCAGGUUGUUGAAACACAUGACCCACUUUUAUGAUCUCCAUGCAGAAAUAAUUACUGAAAUUGAAGAAUACAAUGAUUUACUAUGGAAAUGCUUUUCUGCAAGUUGCACAUUUAGAAUAUGACAACAUCCUACAAUUUUAGUAUGGAUGAAAAAGUAACUGCAUAACAUGAACAUGUUGUAGCUAUAAUUGUAGCUAGCUAAUUAUUUUUGUAUACAAGAUGUAUUUGUAUUUUUUUAUUAUGUUAAAGAAACCAAAGUUUGAAAACUUUGAAUUCUUCCUUCAGUCUCAUUUGAAAUAAAUUUUGGAAUUUACAUUAAUUUGGGAACAGCCCAUUAAGCCUUAUUAACUUUUUUUUAUAAGAAACAUCAACAGUAUAACUUACUAUAUUUUUAAUUAUUAUGAAUUUGUAAAUAUAAAUUAUUUCGAUAUCCAUCCCAUAUCUUUCUUACUUCCCCUGGAAUAUUCCUCAUGGCCCUCCCAAAAUAGAGAAACUAAUAUUUUGUGGAAGAGGGAAAAAAGCAAAUUGGGAGUUCUGCCACAGCUAUAAAAUAUUCCAUGUAAUAUUUAUCAUCACUCAUUUGUGAUUUAACUUCUUCUGAUAAAAAAAACUCUCCACGCUUCACAUUUCAGUUUAUAUCAUUUCUUUUUUUAUUCCAUUGUAACAUUUUCUACUUGAGAUCACUCAGUGCCUUCCCCGAUAAAGUGUAUAUUAAAAAUCAUAUUUUCUUGAAUGUUUUUGGUAUUUUUAUAUUUUCAAUGCUCAUAAUACUGUUGUCUACAUACUUUGUUAAUGAACAAUCAGUGGGCUGCGACUGAGCUCUGUUGUUGCAACUUGGUUAUUUACAUCUUAUUUACUGAUUUUGAGCUUCAGAUCAGAACCAGAACUGUUCAUGGCUCUUCCAUAAUAUGCUUCAACGAUAUGCAAAGAGGGCCUGUUAUUUGGCAGUGAGCUUUGGACUCACGGACAUGGAGGACCAUCCUACAGAGAAGCAAUGGGAUUUGAAUGAACUUCCCCAAUGCUUCCAAGUGUCCAUUGUGUUUCUAGAUGAAUAUUU